AUGUCUCCUACCAUGGUGGAACACAACGGCCUGGAUAUCAUGUGCCUGAACAAGUACUGCCACAGUUCCUCCUCUUCUUCCAGCUCCGAGCAAGACAAGAAGAUUUUCUCGAAGCUACGACUCAGUUUGUCAGGGGAAUAUCCGAGGAAGAACGCAGAGUUCCUAAGUGGCCAGUAUGGCACAAAUUUGCUGCUGAUCGGGGUGGCGUUGAUGCUGGCUAUUGCGCAUCAUGGCCCCUCUGUCAAGGAAGAGCACUUUCUGUCCUUCGUCACCUGCCUAAUCAUCCUCCAGCUGUUCUGGAUGAUGUGGUACAUCCUGGUGCGGGACAGACAGAAGAACACGCGGACUGAUAAAGAUGUCCACGCAACAACAUGUUGGAUCAGAGGUGGCUUGACUCUCCUUGCGCUCCUUUCCAUCAUUAUGGACGCUUUCCGAAUCGGGUAUUUUGUCGGCUAUCAGUCUUGUGUAUCGGCUGUGCUCGGGGUGUAUCCUGUCAUUCAUGCAACUCACACCAUAGCUCAGGUGCAUUUUCUCUGGUUUCACAUCAAGGAUGUUAUAAAGAGCUUUGAAACAUUCGAGAGAUUUGGUGUAAUCCACGCAGUGUUUACCAACCUUCUCCUGUGGUGCAACGGCGUGAUGUCAGAGGCUGAGCACUUCUUGAACAACCAUAAGAGAAGACUGUCUGCCCUGGGCUACGGAAACCACACCAUAGUUCACUCAGAGCCCCACUGUAACUGCACCACCAGCACUUGCUCCAUGUUCUCCAGCAGCCUUUACUUUCUCUAUCCCUUCAACAUUGAAUACCACAUCUUCGUCUCCGCCAUGCUCUUUGUCAUGUGGAAGAACAUUGGACGUACCAUUGACAUCUCUUCAAACCGGAAGCGGUUGGCUACCAAAACCAAGAGUCUGACCAUAGGCCCCAUUCUGGGUCUACUUGCACUGGCCAGCACUAUCGGGAUCCUGGUGGUCUACAUCACCCAUGUAGAGGAAUCCCUCAAAACUCGCCAGUCGACCAUUUCAAUGUUCUACAUUUACAGUAUUGUCAUGUUGGUGUUAAUGUGCUCUGCUGGUGCUUCAGGUCUGCUCAUAUUCCGGGCAGACCAUGUGCCACUGGACACAACCAAGAACCCAUCCAGGCAGCUGGACACAGAGCUGCUCUUUGGGUCCUCUAUCGGCUCUUGGCUCAUGUCCUGGUGCAGUAUAGUGGCUGUGUUAGGCACCAACAGCAGUCCUCCUUACCGCUGGACCAACCUGGUCUAUUCUUUGUUUAUUGUGCUGGAGAAGUACAUCCAGAACCUCUUCAUCAUAGAGUCUCUGUAUCGCAAGCAAGAGGAUGGGGAGAGGGACGACCCUGAGCUACCUGCUGCUCCAGAAAUCUUUUCGGUGACGUCCUCAAUGGCUCCACCGUACAAUGGCAUCAUCAACCGAGCUUAUGAGACUCCAGACAGAGCCUGUGUCACAAUUGAGAACGAGCAGGAGGAGAUUGGCCAGGGGUACAGAUGUCCGCGGAAACCUUCUGAAGUGCCGCUACCUGUUGGAAACAAAGAGGAAGAGCCCCCAAAUAUAAAGAGGCAAAUCCUGAAGAAUAUUGCAGUGUUCCUGCUGAUGUGCAACAUUUCGCUGUGGAUACUUCCUGCCUUUGGCUGCCGCCCCCAGUAUGACAACGGGUUAGAACAGGAGACAUUUGGCUUCAGCAUAUGGACCACAGUUCUCAAUUUUGCCAUUCCCUUGAACCUUUUUUACCGCAUGCACUCAGUCGCCUCCCUCUUUGAGGUGUUCCGCCGGGUCUGA